AACAUAAUUAUUUUUACAUAUAAUAGUCCUUCAUGGAAUAAUACCAAUAACUGCGAGCAUGCUCAGCAAUUGCUGCAUAUAGCAACGGCUAACAGCUACUGAAACCCGGGUUAUGCACUGUGCGACAUUAGGGUUAGAUAACACAAAAUGAAAGUGAAAGCGAAAAAAAAAAUGUGUGAUAGGAAGUGUGGUCACCAGUUGACAAAGCCCACACAAAACCGGUUGUACUUAACGUUUCCUAAUGUCCACACCGGUAGAAAAGGAGCAAUCCGAAACUAACAGUUCGCCUAUGCCUGCUCAUAAACUCAUUAUUCUUCGCCAUGGAGAAUCUCAAGGUAAUAAAGAAAACAAAUUUUGCGGAUGGAUAGAUAUCCCUUUGAGCCAUCGAGGACAGCACGAGGCCGAAUAUGCUGCUGAACUUAUUUUACAACAUCAUUUAGAUCCAGAUAUUAUUUACACAUCCAAAUUGACCCGUUCAAUUGAGACUGGAUUAAUUAUACUUCAGAAAUUGAACAAACCAUGGAUCGAUCAUAUCAAGACCUGGAGAUUGAACGAACGUCAUUAUGGGAGCUACCAAGGACGAGAUAAACAUGAAGUAUUUCUUGAAUUGGGUCAAGACAAAGAAAAAUACAAUUAUAUCAGAAGAGAUUAUCAUGGAUUACCGCCACAAAUACCCAAGGGAACUGUGGAUCCUAGCAUUGAUGAAAGAUACAAUGAUGUUUUAAACCAAGAUAUUUUACCUCGUGGUGAGUCACUAGCUAUGGUCAUGGAGCGAUUAAUUCCGUUUUUUAAACUUGAAAUCUUAGAUAAUCAAAUGGUUCAAUUGAAUAAGACCGUAUUGAUUGUAACCCAUGGUUCAAUUGUUAGAAGUCUUAUCAAAUACUUGAAUAAGGUAAGCGACGAUGAUAUCUCUAAAAUCAAUGUACCAACAGGUAUUCCUUUAGUGUUUGAAUUGGAUGAUCGUGGAGAUUUAAUCAAGUUUUAUUAUUUGGAUGAAGAAAAGGCCGAAGCAGGAAUAGAGAAGGUAAAGAAUGAAGGUUUGGUUAAAGUUGGUUGAUUCAUAGAACAAUGCAUGUAGCGUAGUAGUAAAUAGGUAUUUCGUGUGGGUUGUAGAGUGAUAUAUAGAUAAGAAUAUAAACAAACCGAUACAACCACCACCACCACGUCGAUUGUUUAAAAGAUACCAAGAAAAUAAUCAUUGUGGUUGAUAAUUAGAUAAUACUUCCCAAUUGGGAAGGAGAUUUUAUGUCUGGGCGUAAUUAAGAUUUCUGGCUGUAUGACGAUGCUUAAUUGAGGAGGGGAAUCACCAGAAAUAAAUGCUCAACUAUAUUUUUUUGUGAUAUUAAGCAAGUAACACCGAGCAUCAUGUAAAAUCGUCUAGUUAUGCAGGUAACGACCAACAUGCAUAUUUUUAGACAAAAUUAGCACAAUAUUUGUUAUGAUUCGCUCAACAGAAGAGUGUGACUGGGGCAGAUCAAACGAGCCGGAUAAAACAAAACAGCCGCUCCGCCAUGUGAAAACCGGCAAAGUAGAAAUAGAAAGGCAGGCUAAUGUUACAUUCCAGUUAAGUUUGCUGGGCAACUUUAUAUUUUGUUGAGUCAUAAAAGCUUGAUUUGUUUACAUCACACAGCCUUCGGACAAAAGAAACCUUUUUCGGUUAUCGCAUUUUACAUUUGCUUAACUCCUUUGAGCAAGUAUCCG